AUGGCCAAAUUCUUGGUAAAACUCCAGCGGUAUUUUCGGCGCAAACCCCUGCGUUUCUUCACCUUGCUGGCUCUCUACCUGGCGGCUGGCAGUUUGGUUUUCCUGCAUUCGGGUUUUAGCGGGGAGCCCCGGGUGGCGGGGGGGCAGCGAGGGACGGGUGAGGGCCUGGGGGUGAUGGAGCUGAGCCGAGGCUUGAAGAGGACGGUGACAGCGACAGCGGGGGGUCGGCGACACGGCCCCUGGUUCAAAAGCCCCUCCAGGGGACCGGCGGAAAGAGGCAAAGGAGGAGAGCACGGCAGCAACCGGAGCAGAGCGCUCAGGAGCAGAAGCGGCCGCGAGAAGGAGGAGGAGAGAGCACGAUACAUCGGCUGCUACGUGGACAACACCCGGCGGCGGGCACUGCGCGGUGUCUCCUUCUUCGACUACAAGAAGAUGACAGUGUUUCGUUGCCAGGACAACUGUGCCGAACGGGGCUACCUGUAUGCGGGGCUGGAGUUCGGGGCCGAGUGUUACUGCGGGCACAAGAUCCAAGCUCCCAACGCCAGCGAGCUGGAAUGCAACAUGGAAUGCAAGGGGGAGAGGAGCAACCUCUGCGGAGGAGCCAACCGGCUCUCGGUCUAUCGGCUGGAACUGGCCCAGGAAUCCGCCCGGAGGUAUGGCAGUGCCAUAUUUCGGGGGUGCUUCCACCGUCCAGAAAACCUCUCCAUGGCUCUGCCCGUCAGCCAGAGGAUGCUCAACAUGUCUGUGGAUAAAUGUGUGGAUUUCUGCACCGAGAAGGAAUACCCUCUGUCAGCCCUGGCAGGCACCUCCUGCCUCUGUGGUUUCCCCACCUCACUCUUUACCCUCCACGAGCGGGAGGAUGAGCAGCUCUGUGCCCAGAAAUGUCCUGGGGAGGAGUUUGAGAGCUGUGGCAGCCCCGAGUACCUCCUGGUCUACCAAACCCAAGUCCAAGACAACCGCUGCAUGGACAGGAGGUUUCUGCCCACCCGUGCCAAGCAGCUGGUGGCCCUGGCCAGUUUCCCUGGAGCUGGCAACACCUGGGCUCGUCACCUCAUUGAGCUGGCCACCGGCUUCUACACCGGCAGCUACUACUUUGAUGGCUCCCUCUACAACAAAGGGUUCAAGGGGGAGAGGGACCACUGGAGAAGUGGGAGGACCAUUUGCAUCAAAACCCAUGAAAGUGGUCAGAAAGAGAUCGAAUCCUUUGACUCAGCCAUCCUGCUGAUCAGGAACCCCUACAAGGCCCUGAUGGCCGAGUUCAACCGCAAAUACGGGGGUCACAUCGGCUUCGCCUCCCACGCCCACUGGAAAGGCAAAGAGUGGCCAGAGUUUGUGGCUAAUUAUGCCCCGUGGUGGGCAACCCACACCCUGGACUGGCUGCGCUACGGCCGGAAGGUUCUGGUGGUUCACUUCGAGGACCUGAAGAGGGACCUGUUCGUGCAGCUGCAGAGGAUGGUGGGGCUGCUGGGCAUCACUGCCUGCCAGGACAGACUGCUCUGCGUGGAGGGCCAGAAGGAUGGGAAUUUCAAGAGGUCUGGCCUGAGGAAGCUGGAAUAUGAUCCCUACACCCCCCAGAUGAGGGAGGUGAUCGGGGGCUACAUCCGAACCGUGGACACAGCCCUGAAGCUCCGCAACCUCUCGGGGGUCCCAGAUGAUUAUUACCCCAGAUGAUGGUGCUGAGGGGACCUUCCACCCCGCUGGGGGGUGGUUUGGUUUGGGUUUUGGGUUUUUUUUUCUUUGAAUUCUCCAUCUGCUGCUCUUCAUCACCUCCCUGCAUGAGCACCCAAGGCUCCCCAAGCCAUCGCUGAGCUCGCUCGCUGCCCCUGGCAGGGUGGUGCCACCAGAGGAUGUGGGUGCCACCAGAAGGAUGUGGGUGCCACCACACGGAGCCUUGGAGCUUGGGAGGAACCUAAAAC